CUUCAAAACGUUCCCGCCCACUGCUAUCUCUCUCUCUAUUCAAAUCCCAAAUCUCAGAAUUACAGAAAAUCCUCUUCUUCAUCUGCUUCACUCCAAGCACAAUCCUUUUUCUCUUUUCUAAUUUUCUACAUCUACAUUUACAUAUAUACACUAGUGCAUAGAGGGAGUAGGGGAGAAGCAAGUCUUGCUGAGAUUCGGAACCCUAGCUGAAUUUCUCCCAGCCAUAAAGGAUGGAUCAGUACCAUAUCUACGAAGCCAUUGGCCGCGGCAAGCACUCGACUGUAUACAAAGGAAGGAAGAAGAAGACCAUUCAGUAUUUUGCAAUCAAGAGUGUGGAUAAGUCCCAGAAGGCCAAGGUUCUUCAAGAAGUUAGAGUUCUUCAUUCUCUUGAUCACUCAAACAUUUUAAAGUUUUACUCCUGGUAUGAAACAUCUGCUCACUUAUGGCUGGUGCUAGAAUAUUGUGUUGGAGGAAAUCUCAUGGCAUUAUUACAGCAGGAUAGUAGGCUUCCAGAAGAUUCAAUACAUGAUCUUGCUUGUGGCCUUCUAAGAGCUUUGCAGUUUUUACAUUCAAAGGGAAUAAUAUACUCUGAUUUAAAACCAUCAAACAUUCUAUUGGAUGAAAAUGGACACACGAAGUUGUGUGAUUUUGGAUUAUCAAGGAAAUUAAAUGAUAUUUCAAGAGCACCCUCCCAGUUACCACAAGCAAAGCGUGGAACUCCCUGUUACAUGGCUCCGGAGCUGUUCCAGGAUGGAGGAGUCCAUUCUUAUGCUUCUGAUUUUUGGGCUCUUGGCUGUGUGCUGUAUGAAUGCUAUGUUGGGAGACCUCCAUUUGUUGGAAAUGAAUUCACCCAGUUAGUGAAAUCAAUACUUGCAGAUCCAACUCCAGGCCUGCCUGGUUCUCCAAGUCGCCCCUUUGUGAAUCUGAUCAAUUCUCUUUUAAUCAAGGAUCCAGCUGAAAGAAUUCAAUGGUCUGAACUCUGUGCACAUGCCUUUUGGAGAACAAAAUUUUCUCCGGUCUCAUUACCUCCUCAACCUGCUUUUGAUAAUAUGAUUGAGAUUUCUUCUAGACCAUACCUUUCAGAACGAAAUGGUGAAAAGCCUCCACAAAACAAGACUCCACAAAAAGCUCGUGAAAAAGAUUCUAAAGUGGUUAACCGGCAUGAUGAGCAUCCAAACAUUGGAUCUAAAGGUCCAGAGACACCUAAUAGGUGCAUAUCCAGUGGUCGAAAACCUCAACUAAAAGCUUAUGGCAGAAUUAUUGAUGACAAGCACAAGGAUACAACACAUAAUACAAGGGAGGUCAAUCUACUAAGGCUAUCCAGAAUUGCAAAAUCAAAUUUAAGGAGGGAAAAUGAGAAGGAGAACUACAGGAGGCCAUUGCCCAAUGGCUCUGAGAAUGAUGCAGAAGUCAAAAUUGAAAAUAAUGAUAUGGAACUUGAUUUUGGUGAGAACACUGAAGAUGAGACGAAUGAUGAACCUGAUGACACUGAAGGCAUCAAAUGUACCCCAGAAUCCACUGGGUCAACUCCAAGUCAGCAAGAGGGGAAGGUGGAAGAGAUGGAUAACACCAAUUCAGGAAUAUCAGUUAACACACCUUUCGCAGAUGACUCAAGAACAAUGGACCAGGAGCCAUUUUCAGAACAGACUGAGCUUGCUGCAAUGUUACCCGCUGAUAGUCCUCAACUAAAGACUCCUAGAAAUAAAGAGGGUCCUAGUUCUGACUCCGGUGCACCAAAAUCAACAAACCCCUUAGAGGUUCUCUGGCAUCCUUCUGAUCUUUCAGUCAGACCUGUUAUGCCUAGUAGAAAAUCAGAUAAAGGUUCGGGGACAAUUCCUUCACUUCCAUUUGAUGCUCUUCAGACCUCUGAUUUUGUCAAAUUGUCAAAGGAACAAUUGGAUUCCCUGAUUAACAGGAUCAUAGGCAUUGUCACUGGGAACACUCCUGGGGAGAAACAAAAUGUGAUCAGGUACCUUGAGAUGCUAAGUUGCAAUGCAGAUGCGGCGAACAUCUUGACAAAUGGCCCUAUUAUGUUAGUACUGGUAAAAAUGCUAAGGCAGUCUAAGGCAUCACUUUUGCGUGCUCAACUCGCUUCACUUAUUGGUUUGUUGAUCCGCCAUUCUACUUUUAUUGGAGAUGAGCUGUCAAAUUCUGGAAUCUUAGGUGCUCUAACUGAUGGCCUCAGAGAUAGGCAAGACAAAGUGAGAAGGUUUUCCAUGGCUGCAUUGGGUGAAUUGCUGUUUUAUAUAUCUACUCAGAAUGAGAAUGCUAGGGAUUAUAAUGCAUUGGAAUCUCCAUCUAAGGAUAAUCGACCUUCAUCUGGCUGGCAGGUUACGAGUUCAAUGAUUUCCUUAAUAUCAUCAGUUUUACGAAAUGGAGAGGAUGAUUUAACUCAACUUUAUGCACUUAGGACAAUUGAAAACAUUUCCAGUCAAGGAGGCCACUGGUCUGCUCGUUUCACAAGUCAGGAUGUAAUUAGUAACCUCUGUUAUAUAUUUAGGGCUCCAGGUAAACAGGAGAGCAUGAGGCUAACAGCAGGAUCUUGUCUGGUACGUCUUGUUCGUUUUAACCCUUCCUGCAUUCAACGGGCUUUGGAUAAACUUUCAUUGAAGGAUAUUUCAUCAAGCCUAGUUAAGGGUAGUCCACGUGAGCAACAAAUCUGCUUGAAUCUUCUAAACAUGACUCUUUUUGAAAGUCAUAUGCCUGCAAACAUUGGACGGUACCUUCCUCCCUUGUUGGAAGACAAGAACCUUGUCCCACACCUCAUUAGUCUAAUAGAGCAGGGGGGUGAAAUUUUGAAGGGAAAGGCCCUUCUAUUUGUGGCUCUACUAUGUAAGAAUGGCAGGAGAUGGCUUCCACAAUUUUUUUGCAAUGCAAAACUACUUUCAACAGUUGAUAGGCUGGUGAAGGAUAAGGACAACUAUGUGAAGCAGUGUUUAGAUGCAUUUGCAUAUGUUGUGGCUUCAAGUGUACCAAGUCUGUUGGAAACUAUUAUUGCAGAUAUUCAGCAAAUCAUGGGUGGUAGACGCCGUGGGCAGAUUAUGGGAGUCACAAGUCAGAAUUCUUCAAAGAACAGCAUUCACUUUUUUCCUGUUGUUCUCCAUCUUCUUGGUUGCUCUUUACUGAAGCAACGGGUUGCAAGUCACCAGGUUAUACAGCAGUUGGCAAAUCUUAUGAAGCUGAUGGAGUCACCUUUCCAGGGAAGAGAUGAUUUUCAGAUAACACUUCUGCGGAUUCUUGAGUCUGUUGCAGAGGAGAUGUCUGUGAUUAAAGAAAGUUCUAACAUAUUUACUUGUCAGAUCCUACCUAGUUUAUCUGUGCUAUAUAAAGGAAAUAAAGACGGUGAUGCCAGGUUUUUGUGUCUGAAGGUUUUCUUUGAUUUGAUGGUCACUUUACUGAAUGAAGUGUCAGAUAAUGAACAGAGGAUGAUUGAAUUGAAGUCUAUAUCAAAUUCAUAUUUCCUUCCUCUGUACCCGUCUUUGAUUGAGGAUGAAGAUCCAAUUCCUGUUUAUGCACAGAAACUCCUAGUGAUGCUCAUCGAGUAUAGUCAUAUAAAAAUUUCAGACAUUCUUCAUAUGAAGAUAAUAUCACAGUGCUUUGAAUUUCUGCUCGUUGAUUUCUCAACUGUGAAUGUCAACAAUGUCAUGCUGUGUCUGGCUUUGGCAUCUGCUCCAGAACUGGAGACUAAAGUCCUUUCUCAACUCAAAGUUGUGAGGAAGCUUGGAAGCCUGUUGGAGUUUGUACGUGCAAAGGAAAUGGAGGAUUUCAUUGAGCCUACUCUUUGCCUGUGUAGGGCUUUCCUUUUGCGCUCGGUGGGCAGUAGGAAAGGCUCUAGCUAUGCAAAAGAACCAGUUCUGUUAUACGAUAAUUCCUGUGAUGCGAUUGACCAGAAUGAGUGCAUCCGAGAUAUAAUGGACUUUGGUGAGAAUGUUGGAGUCCUGCUAGAACUUAGCAAGUCCAGUGAGAAUAGCACAUCAGAUGUAGCUUCUGAAUGCUUGAUCUUGUUGUUCAAGGCAGCACCGAGGGAAGCUACAACUGGCUUCCUAACCAACCUCGCCAGAGUGACAGUCAUCCUCGAGUCCUGGACUCCAAGCAUCUCCCACUUGCUACCGCAAAGGAUUCUUUAUGCUCUCGGUUAUGCUUGUCGCCAAUAUUUGUCACAUGCCAUGAUACUAGCAAUACAUUUGCCAGAGAUAUCAAAACUCGAAAGAAUUGUGUCUCAGCUCAAAAGCUGUAGCAUACAAGCUGUUACAGAUGCUGCCUCUCAUGCUGCAUUGGAGCUUCAAAGACUUCCACGUCGUUAUUGAAUUCCAAGGUGCGCAUGGAGGUGAUUAUUAGGCUUCAUUACAUAAUUCGCAUUCUUUGAAUGCGCGUUAUAAGGCAUUUCAUCCAUCCUGAGGUUUCUUCACUCUCUUAAAGGUUGGUGGAGGAAGAAGAGCCCUUCUCGUCAUUUUCAUCAACCUAUUUGUAUAAUGCAUGUAUGGUUGUAUCAUUCUUAAUAUCCUCAACUGAUUUGUUUCAGCUACCAUGCUUUCAGGCAUUUAUAUGAUGGUAUUAUUUAUAAAGACAUUUAAUCUUCAGUUA